CCCAUAAAUGUUGGAGUAAGAAGUAAAAGGCAUUCACUGACAUCAGAUUCAGAAAAUAAGGUCCAGAGUUGUUAUCUGUUUAAGUAAAUUAAGAAGGCGUCUGUUGUUAUUGUACUCAAAGUGAUACGAGAUGGACAAGAUGAAUAGACGGCGAAAUAGACGAGGUGCUAAACGAUUCAUGCGUCCUGAAAAAGGCAAAAUGAAGGCAAAGAAUACUUCGUUGCAAAAUCUACGGGCACCGAAUUGGAAUAAUUUAAAUCUGGAACCGUUCCAAAAGAAUUUCUACCGCGAGCAUCCCAAUGUUAUGAAUCGGCUUCGGCACGACGUUGAACGUUUUCGUAAUAAACACGAAAUAACGGUGCAAGGAUUGGCAUUGAAUCCCAUCGAAUCCUUCGACGAAGUUUUUAUGCCAGACUAUGUCGCCCGUGAAAUUCGCAAUCAGGGUUACAACCGACCAACUCCAAUACAAUCUCAAACCUGGCCUAUUGCAUUCAGUGGCUAUAAUUUGGUUGGAAUCGCACAAACUGGCUCCGGCAAAACCCUCGCAUACAUUCUUCCAGCCAUCGUACAUAUCAAUAAUCAGAACAAUAUUAAGCCUGGUGAUGGACCUAUUGCAGUUGUUUUAGCACCAACUCGCGAAUUAGCUGUUCAAAUUCAGCAGGUGGCCAUUGACUUCGGAUCGUCCACUCACAUUCGAACCGUUUGCACAGUCGGAGGUGUCGAUAAAAAACCGCAGGAAGCAGACCUUCGAAAGGGAUGUGAAAUUGUCGUGGCUACUCCUGGACGACUCUUGGAUUUCUUGUCGGCCAACGUCACAAAUAUGAAACGUUGCACGUAUUUAGUUCUGGACGAAGCGGACAGAAUGUUGGACAUGGGCUUCGAAGCGCAAAUUCGGCAAAUUAUUUCCCAGAUUCGUCCCGACAAACAAAUUUUGAUGUGGUCGGCGACUUGGCCGCUUGAGAUCAGACGCUUGGCCGAAGAUUUCCUGGGCAAUUACAUUCAAGUUAACAUCGGGUCGUUGCAGUUGUCAGCCAAUCACAAUAUCAAGCAAUUUGUGCACAUUUGCCAGGAAAACGAGAAAUCGGCCAAGUUGCAAUUGUUGCUGCGUCAAAUCUACCAGGCAAACAAUCCCGGAAAGAUUCUAAUUUUUGUGUCGAAGAAGAAACGAGCCGACAUGAUCUCCAAGUAUAUCAACAAUUUCGGGGUCGCUUGCGAGAGUUUACAUGGCGAUAAACCGCAGUCGCAGAGAACUAAGAUUUUGGACGAUUUUCGCUCGGGACGGUCCAACAUUAUUGUUGCUACAGAUGUGGCAGCAAGAGGUCUUGAUGUCGAUGGCAUCAUGUACGUCAUUAACUUGGACUUUCCGAAAUUAAUUGAGGACUACGUACACCGUAUCGGCCGAUGUGGACGAUGUGACCGUAUGGGCAUUUCGUAUGCAUUCUUCACGUAUAACGAUGCGAAACAGGCCAAAGAUCUAAUAUCCAUUCUCAAUGAGGCGAACCAGGCGGUAGAUGCCAAAUUGCAAGAAAUUGCAUUCAAUCCGAUAAAACCCGAGAAGAUUGACAAGAAGCAACGUCGGUUAAAUGAAAUUUCGGGCUUCGAUGUGCCAGCGCCGGAGAAGCGACGACAUGAUGGUCCUGAUACAAACUUCAGUGGACCAGGUCCUAAUAAAAACUUCAGUGGACCAGGUCCUAGCAGCAAAAGUACACGGGACUCUUAUGUUGGAGAACCGAUCGUUAAAAGAGGCAGAAUCGAUGAACCUGGACAAUCUGGUAUGAUGCUCAAUCGCACAACCGAUCGAGAUUUGAUUGAAAAGCCUAUCAACAGAGGCUACAUGAACAUUCCUGCUACUGUGUGUAAUCCCGAUCAAAUGGAUGAUCGCAGCAUUGGCUUACGUCCGUUCGAUUCCCGGAACAAUGCGAGAUUUGAAACGGUAGAUCGUCUCCCCGCUACAGUGUGCAAUCCAGACCAAAUGGAUGAUCGCAGCAUUGGCUUACGUCCGUUCGAUUCCCGGACAAAUGAGAUAUUUAAAACAGUAGAUCGUGUCACGAAUAGGGAUCUUGAGGACAGCCGAGCGAUAGAUCGCCCUUCGUCAGCUGAUCGACGUAUGAUGGAACUUAGACGCAGGGAGUUUGAACGCUCUGUGGUGGGCGUGGAACAACAAUUUCCAAGUGUUGGCAUGAAUGAAUAUCGAAUAUUGAAUGGGGAAGGACCAAGCGAUCGCCAAAGAUUUAAAUCAACCGAAUUUGAGAGAGAGGAACCAGCGAUGGGAUUGGACAGAACGAGAAAUAUUCGUGAAAAUGUGUACGAUCAACGGGAAAAUGUUUUCGGUCGACAGCAAAGCGAUUUCGAUCGUCGCGAAGACGAUUUUGGUCGUAUCGAAGGCCAUUUCGGUCGUCGCGAAAAUGAAUUCGGUCGUCGCGCCAACGAUUUUGGUCGUCAGGAGGACCGUUUCGGCCGUCGCGAAACCGAUUCGGGGCGCCGUGAAAACGAUUUGGGUCGUCGAGAUUUCGAUCGUAUGAACGUCAUGAAUGAUUUCCUCGAUCGAUCCAACGACAGGGUACUACGAGAUCCUUUCGAUGAUAUUCAAGGACCUAUUCAAGAUGGUAGAGAUAUCGAAGUCAGCCGAAUGGGACCGAUGUUGGACUCAUCCGUGUCUGAUCGUCGUAUUUACGAACGAGAAAUGAUGGGCGUGCGUGAUGCCUUUUCAUCAAGAGCUGCAAACUUUCAAGACAACUUGCAAAAUCGUACAUUUGACAUGUUAUCCGAACGAAGAAGCGUUUCUCAGGAAUAUCGACGUCUUUCACCAAAUCCUAUACUCGAUCGUUCUGACGUCAAUGCAGACAGAUUUCUGAACCAGUCACGUGAUGACGAUGCAUACGGUUCAUUGAAUCAGUUUGGCAAUCGACGUGAUGAUUUUCGUGAUUCGCGUGAUUCUGGCUUCGGCAUGAGUGACAGACGCAACGAUUUCAUCGACGAUCUCGAUCGAGACGAACCGACAUCAAAUAGAUGGAAUAACGAUUUUACUGGAAGAGAUGCAUACUCGAAGGGACAGGAUCGGCGAAAUUUUGGCAACGAUUUGCGUCGUCCAAAUGAUUUCAGUCUUGGCGGCGAAAUGAAUUUCAAUUUUGCCAGAAACAAUGACUACGUGGAUGACGAUUUUCCCAAUCGGAAUCGUCGUGAUUUCGAACGGCGAAACUUUGAUGACCGUUUCAACCGCUUUAGCUAAGCUGUUUCGGACAGUGAAAGCAAUUGAAAAUGGCAUCAAAGUUCAUAAAACAAUUAAAAUUUUCGUUUAUCAACUGAAGUAGACGGAAAACUUCAAAUGUUAAGUCGCAAAAAUCUAUGAAUUCUCAGAUUAAAUGUUUUCGUUCGAAUCACGUCGAACAGCGGAAUUAUUAUUUGUAAAUACACCACAGUCGAAGCGACAUGAUAUUUUGAUGAACAAGCUUUACUUU